UCUUCUUCUCCCUCACAGGCCCCCCAGAACUCUUACCCUGCACCCCCUCUUUUCUUCUUCUCUUUCGCUCUUUCUCUUCUUGAUUACUUCAUUCAAUCCCUCCACGAUACAAGUGGUGCCUAUUUUAAUCCUCCCUUUCACCUUUCUCUUUUCUGUAAUUUCUUAUCUUACCCAGCGUCAGGGCUGCACAAACAUCUUUCCGACAUGGCCGACAGCACCAGACCCGGCGAUGUGAGCUAUCCCGACACCAAUGGAAGCAGUAUCAAAAAUGCCGUAACUAAUGGGCCCGUUGUUGAUCACAUCAAGUCGGAAGCAGCCCGUACCGAACAAGAGCUACGCGAAUUGAAAAACGCUCGUGUGACGCCCUCGACCACAACUGCGACCGGCCAACACCUGACUUACUACCACUCCCUGUUGUACAGCCUCCUGAGCUGGGAACAACCCCGAGCUACCGCUGCUUCGUUUGCGACCGUCGUGACUUUUAUUUUCGCCGCCCGUUACCUGCCUCUGCUCCGCUGGUUCUUUAAGUUCAUCUACGUGGCUUUAGGAUUCACCGCUGCCGCGGAGCUCGGUGGUCGACUCGUGCUGUCGCAGGGCCUCGCAAGCUCGUUCCGCCCUCGGAAAUACUACACCAUCCCGAAGGAGACCAUCGAGGGAGUCUAUGAGGACCUCGAGCAGCUCCUGAACUUCGUUCUCCUCGAAUUCCAGCGCAUCCUGUUUGCCGAGAACAUCGUCCACACGGUCGCUGCGUUCGCGGCCGCCUUCAGCGCCUAUUGGUUGAUCAAAUGGCUUCCAUUCUGGGGCCUGUCUCUGAUCGCCGUGAUUAUCGCUUACAUUGGACCUCUGGUCUACAUGAACAACCGUGAAGUCAUCGAUGCACAGAUUGAGCACAUCCAAGAAGUUGUUAACUCCCAGGCCCACCAACUGAAGGACCUUGCUGAGGAACGGACCUCCCAUGCGACGGGCUUGAUGAAGCAGUACGUGGAUGACUACAGCGCCAAGGCCCAGGGAUAUAUCGGCCAGCGUCGCUCCGUAUCGCCGCAGAUGGCCAAGGUUUCCACCCCGGAGCCCGUGAUCAAGAAGGAGAUCGACACCGAGCCCGCAUUUAAGACUACGGAUUUCCCGGAGGCACCCAAGGAGGAGCCCGUGGCUGUGAAGGAGGAACCCGUGGCGGUGGCGGAGUCGAUUGAGCAUCCUGCCGUGAACGCGGAGAAGGAGCCCCUCCUGGCGGCUUAAGAUGCCUCGGCCAUUUUAUGUCUUGCUCGAUCGGCCACCCCACCAAUGAUCGAAUCGGGCGAUGGGGAUGCUGAUCGCGCAAGGGCUUCCUUAUUCGGCACUGUUUUGUGGGACACGCCCGACCAAAAUUGUACUGAAUGUUGAGGUAUAAGGAUGGAAAAAUAGGCGUGUACGAUGGUAUGAUGCGGCUUGAAGGUUUGACUUUUUAAAAUUCUCUAUUGCGCCGAAGAUAUUGUCUUUUCUUUUUCCCCAUUUCGUUUUUCAGCUCGACACCAUUUUCAUCUUUAUUCUCGUUCGUACCUUCGGCCUUUGUAUGUACAUCUUUGA